AUGAUUCGAAUUCUCGCAUUUUUAGCCUUGCUUCCGGCGGUUUUAACAGACGGCGAGUGCCCCUAUCGUAACACUUUUUAUCCAGAAACUGCAAUUUGUUAUCAUUUAUCUGAUGAUUUCUAUGAUUUUGAUGGAGCUGUUUCCUAUUGUCAGGCCAUUGGUGGAAAAUUAGUUUCUUUGAUUCAAGAAGAAAGAGCUGGAAUUUUUUGCUAGUGAGUGGGACGAGAUUUUCAGUUUUUUCUUCAGUUUUUUGCAGAUUUAACCUCUCAGUUAAUGGUUCAACCAUGUAUAGCGUCAAAGCGAAAUACAACAACUGGAAUAUUUUAUUGUGAGCCAACAACAACCAACGGUGAUUGUGUCCCAUUCAAAGGCGUUGGCUCAAAUAUUGGGCUCCAAACUACACAAUGUUAUCAGCAGCAAUAUGCAUUUUGUAAAAUAGUUCCAAAAUUGUGUAAUGGAGGAAUACAAAAUGGAACUUUCGGAUCAAUUCAAUCACCACAGUAUCCGAAUCAAUACUACAACAAACUAAUGUGCUUGUAUUAUAUUUAUCCACCCGAGGGAUUCUCAGUGAAUAUUUAUUUUUCAAAAAUCAAAACGGAAAAAAAUUAUGAUUUCGUGGAAAUUUACGAGAAGAACAGCACAUUGUAUCCUGAUCGAAUUGUUGGACUAUCUGGUAACAUCAGUGAUUACACAUAUCGUUCAAACGGAAGCUUCCUUCUAAUUGUCUUCCGUACAAACUAUGUAAUCACUGAUACUGGAUUUUAUGCAUGGAAUGUUGAACGAGUUCAGCCUCCAAUUAUAUCAAAUACGACUACAAGUGGAGAACUAACAUCACCGAAUUACCCAAAUAAUUAUGACACAUCUGACAAACAGCUUUACUACAUUCAAGUUGCUCAAGGAGCACAGAUCAACGUGACCAUCACUGAUUUCCUGACUCAACAGACUUUUGAUUAUUUGGAAAUAUUCGAUAGCUUUAAUCAAACAAUUACAAAGCCUGUAUCAAGACUCUCCGGUAAUUUAGUUGUUGCUCCAUGGAACUGGCUAAGUGAUUCUAAUGAAGUUUCAUUUAAAUUUGUGUCAGAUGGGAGAUAUCAAUAUAAAGGAUGGCAUUUGAUAUGGAACAUGGUUGAUCGGAAAUAA